AUGACAGAACCAACUCACUACGAGGUCCUGGCCAUACCAAAGAGCCUAAUAGAGGAUACAAACAAGGAACAAAUCCCCAAGAUCAUAAAACAAGCCUACCACCGUGCACUCCUCCGCCACCACCCAGAUAAGACAAACACGCCCCACCGGACAACAGCAGCAGCAGCAGCAGCAACAGCAGCAACAACCACCACACCUCCCACCGUGGACCAAAUAGCCCUAGCAUACACGACGCUCUCAUGCCCCGCAGAGCGCGCCGCCUACAACCGCCAGCUCGCCCUCACCCGCAACCCCACAGCAGCACCCGGCGACAACAGCGCCGCCGGGGGCAGCACCACCUUCCAGACGGGGAUCGAGACGAUCGACCUCGACGACCUGGACUACUCCGAGGCUGGCGCGACGACGCGGUGGCACCGCAGCUGCAGGUGCGGCAACGAGGAGGGCUUCGCGUUCGGCGAGGACGACCUGGAGGAGGCUGGGGACCUGGGCGAGCUGAUCGUGGGAUGCCAGGACUGCAGCCUGUGGCUGAGGGUCUGCUUUGCUGUUGUCGAAGACGACGUUGAUGAUGGUGUCGGAGGAGGAGGGGGAGGAAGUGGUGGUGGUGUCAUCGAGAGUGAUGGUGUGAGCAGCAAGGAUGAGAUCUCACGUGGGGGUCCAUUGGGGCACGCGGCGCAGUCAACGGGGCAGCCAGGCUGA